UAAACCUAGUGCCGACUUUAGGGUUUUUGAGAAGAAAUGGAGGCGCCGGAGAAGAAGAAGCGCAAGCGCUCCAAGGGCGAGGAAGUGGUGGCCGUGGCCCAUGGAGAACUCGGAGGCGCCAGUGGCGCCGCCAGCCUCGGCGACGCGCAGGCAGGCACCGACUACCUCAUCAAGCCGCAGUCGUUCGUGCCGUCGCUCGACACCUCCAAGUGGCCGCUGCUGCUCAAGAACUACGACGCCCUCAACGUCCGCACGGGCCACUACACGCCGCUGCCCACGGGCUUCACGCCGCUCAAGCGCCCCCUCUUCGACUACGUGAGGUAUGGUGUCAUCAAUCUCGACAAGCCCUCCAAUCCCUCUUCGCACGAGGUGGUGGCCUGGAUCAAGCGCAUUCUCCGAGUGGACAAGACCGGCCACAGCGGGACGCUGGAUCCCAAGGUCACCGGCAGCCUCAUCGUGUGCGUGGAUCGAGCGACGCGCCUCGUCAAGGCGCAGCAGGGAGCCGGCAAGCAGUACGUUUGCGUUGCGCGGCUCCACUCGGCGGUGGAGGACGUGGCCAAGGUUGCGCGGGGGCUGGAGACUCUCACCGGCGCGCUCUUCCAGAGGCCACCGCUCAUCUCUGCCGUGAAGCGCCAGCUCCGGGUGAGGACCAUCUACCAGAGCAAGCUCCUCGAGUUCGAUGCGGACAAGCACUUGGUGGUGUUCUGGGUGGAGUGCGAGGCCGGAACUUACAUCCGGACGCUGUGCGUCCAUCUCGGCUUGCUCCUCGGGGUCGGGGGACACAUGCAGGAGCUCCGGAGGGUCCAGUCGGGGAUCCUCGGCGAGAAGGACAACUUGGUCACCAUGCACGACGUCCUGGACGCGCAGUGGGUCUACGACAACUACAAGGAUGAGAGCUACCUGCGGCGGGUGAUCAUGCCGCUCGAGGUUCUCCUCACGAACUAUCCCCGGAUCGUCGUCAAGGACUCGGCAGUGAACGCCAUUUGCUACGGUGCCAAGCUCAUGAUCCCGGGGCUGCUCCGCUUUGACUCCAAGGUUGGAGUCGGCACCGAGGUGGUGCUCAUGACCACCAAAGGCGAGGCCAUCGCUCUGGGCAUCGCGCAGAUGAGCACGUCGGACAUGGCGACGUGCGACCACGGCGUGGUGGCGAAGGUGAAGAGGGUGGUGAUGGAGAGGGACACUUAUCCCAGGAAGUGGGGGCUUGGGCCGAGAGCUUCCGCCAAGAAACAGAUGAUCGCGUCCGGGCUGCUCGACAAGCAUGGCAAGCCCAACGAGAAGACGCCGCAGGAGUGGCUGAGGAACCAUCCUGCCGUUGGUACGUCUAGCGCAGCCGCCGCGGGAGGUGUGAAGAUUAAGAUCGAGACUGUGGAUCUUCCUGUAGUAGCUGCUGGCAAUGAAAUGGCUAUGGUGGGAGCAGCGGUGGCCAUGGAGGACGGCGGGAAGAAGAAAGACAAGAAGAAGAAGGCUGUAGUGGAGAGCGCAGAUGUGGAGAUGGUAGACGCAGCCGAUGGAGGAACGGAGAAGAAGAAGAAGAAAAAGAAGAGGGCAGAGGCCGAGGUCGAGGUCGAAGUGGAAGAAACUCCGACCUCCAGGAAGGAGAAGAAAAAGGUAAAGCAAGAACAGGAAGAACAGGAGGCCGUGGAAGAAACUCCAAAGCAAGAGAAGAAGAAAAAGGAGAAGAAACACAAAGGCGAAUCGAGCGAAGACGUUAUAGUACUGGAUUCAGAGCCGCCAACCUCGGAGAAGAAGAAAAAGAAGAAGAAAAGCGCGGAAGAAGAGUGAUCCUGGUUCUUCAUUCCGCUUCUUUGCUGUGGAGCUAAUCAUCCUUUUGUAGUUUUAUUUUAUGACAGACCCGCUGCUGCGCCGAUAAGAAAUCAUCCAGCCCAGCACAAGAGUAUGUUUCAUCUUUGCUUUAGUUUUCCAACGUUGUGGCCUUGCCUUCUUCAAUCAGCUUCCGAGAGAUCUAACUUAAGAGACGAUAUCAGAGACGAUGAAAAGAAGAGUCCUCGAUUUGUGAGGAGCUUUCGCUA